UCGGCAUUCGGAGCGUGAGCAACGAACUAUUUGUGCGUCGCGAAGUCUGAUAAUUGAGAAAAGUUGAUCGCCAAACGUUAAAAUACAAAAUAAAAAUCACAAUAAUAAUACAACACUUUAUCUAUAUACACACAGACAUAUGCAUACACAUGUAUAUGAAAAUGUUUCUGUGAUGAAAUUCAGCUGUGGAACUUCUACAAUAUGUGGGAAUAUUAUCAAAUAGUACCAAACCCGUAGUGAUCAUUGUGAAAUGAAAACUAAAUAAGUACAAAUAAAAAGCGUAACAAUAAUCAGAAUGCACUUUGAAACGUUUUAGUAAUAAUAUAUCUAAUAUUGGGACAGUGUGUGUGAGUGGAAAGUUUUAGGCCAUCAAAAAUUCGUAUGUUUCAAUCGAGCCAAUACGAAUCGAAUGUAUCUAUAAGAUAUAUUCUAUUAAUGCCUAAAUAAUAAUAAUUAUAUUAACGACAAGCGCGUGUCCGCAUCCCUCUUGGGUGCUAAUGAAGCCGAUUCAAAAAAGUUACCAAAAACUCAAUAGAUCCACGACUAAAUAAAUAUCACGUCGAAAUCUCAUGUAACAGAGCUCUACAAGUUAUCAAUUUGUAAUAAGUGCGAAUGUUGUAACUACAAAUACUUGCAUUGUGCUUGUAAUCAAACAAUCAAAAAUCAGGGAAAAAACAAUGCAAUCAUUUAAGGCCGAUGAGUUAUCGGAGAAUCCCGUUGAGCGGGCUAAUUGCUUCUCCGAGCUCAUGUUCUGCUUCGCAAUGCCCGUUCUGUUCAAGGGCCGCGAGAAGACAUUGGAGCAGACGGAUCUUUAUCGACCCUUAAAGAAGCACAAGUCGGAUACUCUUGGCGAUCGCUUGUGUGCUGCUUGGAAUGAGGAAGUUGCCAGCAGAUCAGCCAAAAAUCUUCAGCCUCGCUUGCUGCGAGUGAUGAUUCGAGUGUUUGGCUGGAAUCUCUUUUUGACCGGUUUCUUGUUGCUGCUUCAGGAGUUUCUGACCAAAAUAACUCAACCCAUUUGUCUAUUUGGCAUUAUGGCCUACUUCGCUGGCGACGAUCCUAAUCUAACCAAGGCGCAGCUAUAUGCAGCUGGACUCAUUGCUGGCUCAGUGCUGACAGUGUUCGGUGGUCAUCCCUAUAUGCUGGGUCUGCUGCAUCUAGGCAUGAAGAUGCGAGUCGCUCUCUGUAGCUUGGUCUAUCGAAAGGCAUUGCGAUUAAGUCGGACAUCUCUCGGCGAUACGACAGUGGGUCAAGUAGUCAAUCUGCUGUCCAAUGAUGUGGGACGCUUCGACACGGUACUGAUCAAUGUUCAUUACCUUUGGGUAGCUCCGCUCGAGCUUAUUGUAGUCACAUAUUUCAUGUACGACCAAAUUGGCGUUUCUGCGCUCUUUGGCGUUGCCGUGAUGCUUCUCUUUCUGCCCCUGCAAGCCUAUCUAGGCAAGAAGACAUCCGUGCUACGACUGCGCACUGCCCUGCGGACGGACGAGCGUGUGAGGAUGAUGAAUGAGAUCAUAUCGGGCAUCCAGGUUAUUAAGAUGUAUGCCUGGGAGAAGCCAUUCGGUAAGCUGGUGGAGCUCACCCGGUGCAAUGAAAUGACCUGCAUCAAGCAAGUGAACUACAUACGCGGUAUCCUUAUGUCCUUCGCCAUGUUCUUGUCACGCAUCUUUACGUUCGUCAGUCUCGUGGGCUAUGUGCUGCUGGGGAACUUUUUGACCGCAGAGAAAGCCUUCUUCGUCACAGCCUACUACAAUAUUUUGCGACGAUCGGUUACCAUGUUCUUCCCCCAAGGCAUUUCUCAAUUUGCAGAGCUAUUGGUCUCCAUCAAACGUCUGCAGACAUUUAUGCACCGCGAAGAGACCCAGGUGCUAGACAAAUCAAAUGCAAUUUUCGAAUCCAUACCUGCUAGUAGCACUGAUAAGGAACAGGGCUCUACAAUCAACAAUAUUAAUGGAGAUGUAGCAAAGGUCGCUGACAAUGACGAGACACUCGUCCAAUUCAGUCAGUUCAAUGCCAAGUGGAAUGCCAAAAUGAUAGAUAAUAAUUUGGACAGUAUCAAUCUACAGCUCGGUCGUCGUCAACUAGUCGCUGUGAUUGGUCCCGUAGGUGCAGGAAAAUCCAGCCUGAUACAGUCUAUUCUCGGCGAGCUGCCUGCUGACAGUGGCACCGUGAAGGUCAAUGGAAGAUUCUCUUAUGCCUCUCAAGAGCCCUGGCUCUUCACUGGAACCGUGAGGGAAAACAUUCUUUUCGGACUCACUCUGGAUAAACAUCGCUACCGUACAGUAGUUAAGAAGUGUGCUCUGGAACGUGACUUUGAACUUCUACCUCAGGGUGAUAAAACUAUCGUUGGUGAGAGAGGAGCCUCACUCUCUGGAGGACAAAAGGCACGCAUAAGCUUGGCAAGAGCUGUCUAUCGUCGGGCCGAUAUUUAUCUUUUGGAUGAUCCACUCAGCGCAGUGGACACUCAUGUGGGUCGACAUUUAUUCGACCAGUGCAUGAGAGGAUAUCUUCGAAGUGAAUUAGUCAUAUUGGUAACACAUCAACUGCAGUUUCUGGAACAAGCCGAUCUUAUUGUCAUAAUGGAUAAAGGAAAGAUAAGUGCUAUGGGAACCUAUUCUUCGAUGAAACGCAGUGGACUCGACUUUGCACAACUCCUCACAAAUCCCAAUAAGGAAGAUGAGACAUUGGAUGACAAUGAAAGUGAGCCUGGUGAUAUUUGGGAUCGAUUAAGUCUAGCUUCAAGAAGCAGGCGGGGAAGUAAAACGAGUCGACAGGCUUCACGCAAUGAGAGCUUUACGUCAUUAUCAUCUCUUGCGGACUCGGCUCACGAAGCAGCAGUUACGCCACAAGAAACUCGAGUUGAGGGCAAAAUUAGCCUUGGUCUAUAUAAGGAAUACUUUACAGCUGGCAGUAGUUGGCUCAUGAUUAGCUUCAUGGUCUUCCUUUGCUUGGGAACACAAAUUGUAGGCUCCGCAUCAGAUGUAUUCCUUUCCUACUGGGUUGACAAGAACAAAAAUGCAGCAAGCAUUGAUUCGGAUCCAGUUGACAUCUACUACUUUACUGCUUUGAACAUGGCCGUCAUCAUCUUCACCUUGGUUCGCACAUUGCUUUUCUAUAAAUUGGCCAUGCGCAGUUCCAAAAAGCUUCACAACUCCAUGUUCCGCGGCAUCACCAAUGCGGCAAUGUACUUCUUCAAUACGAAUCCAUCCGGUCGCAUAUUGAAUCGUUUCUCAAAGGAUCUUGGACAAAUUGAUGAGCUUUUGCCAACUGUUAUGCUAGAUGUAGUCCAAAUCUUCCUCACAUUGACGGGAAUCAUUGUUGUUAUCUGUAUAACCAAUCCCUAUUAUCUUUUAUUAACCCUCGGACUCGGAGUCAUCUUCUAUUAUAUCAGAGAAUUCUAUCUAAAGACAUCGAGAGAUGUAAAACGACUUGAGGCAGUGGCCAGAUCUCCCAUCUACUCGCACCUCAGCGCUUCCCUCAAUGGACUUCCAACUAUUCGAGCACUGGGGGCACAAAAAACUCUUAUUGCUGAGUUCGACAAUCUUCAGGAUUUGCAUAGCUCCGGUUAUUACACGUUCUUGUCUACGAAUCGUGCAUUCGGCUACUAUCUGGAUCUCUUCUGUUCAUUAUACAUUGUGAUCAUUAUAAUCAACUACUUCAUCAAUCCGCCCGAAAACUCAGGUGAGGUGGGCUUAGCCAUCACACAGGCCAUGGGCAUGACUGGCAUGGUGCAGUGGGGCAUGCGUCAAUCUGCAGAGUUGGAGAAUACCAUGACGGCGGUUGAACGUGUCGUUGAGUAUGAUGAGAUCGAACCAGAAGGCGAGUACGAAUCUAAACCAAACAAGAAGCCUCCCAUCACUUGGCCAGAGCAUGGACAAAUUGUGGCCGACGACCUGAGUUUACGCUAUUUCCCCGAUCCAAGUUCCAAAUAUGUGCUCAAGUCCCUUAACUUCGAAAUCAAGCCCAUGCAAAAAGUAGGCAUUGUAGGUCGCACUGGUGCUGGAAAAUCUUCGCUCAUUAACGCCCUCUUCCGACUAUCCUACAACGAUGGCGCCAUCGUCAUAGACAGUCGGGACACCAUGAACUUGGGAUUACAUGACUUGCGAAGCAAGAUCUCCAUUAUUCCUCAGGAGCCAGUUUUGUUCUCUGGGAGCAUGCGGUAUAAUCUCGACCCCUUCGAAGAGUACAGCGAUGUCAAGCUGUGGGAUGCCCUGGAAGAGGUCAAAUUGAAGCCAGUCAUCAGUGAACUUCCGAAUGGUUUGCAAAGCAUUAUCUCCGAGGGCGGCACCAAUUUUAGUGUAGGUCAGAGACAGCUGGUGUGUCUAGCACGGGCGAUUCUUCGCGAGAAUCGCAUUCUUGUAAUGGACGAGGCCACAGCCAAUGUGGAUCCACAGACAGAUACCCUCAUCCAGGCCACGAUUAGAAACAAGUUCAGGGAGUGCACAGUGUUGACAAUAGCCCAUCGUUUGAACACGAUUAUGGAUUCAGACAAGGUCCUGGUUAUGGACGCUGGACAAUUGGUUGAAUUUGGUUCUCCCUACGAGCUCUUGACUCAGUGUGAUUCGAAAAUAUUCCACAGCAUGGUAAUGGAGACAGGUCAAUGCAGCUUCGAUAACCUGCUCAAGGUAGCAGAGAAGGCUCAACUAGAAUCACAGAAACAUAAAACUGCCUAGGAUCAAGAAUUAUCCGCAUUUCUUAGCUGUAAGCUUGACUUCACCUGUAAUACUACUUCAAUGCUGGAAGAUGAGUCUCCUAUUUUUUGCUACUUAAAGUAUUACUUUUAUGAAUUUUAGAGUAUAAUGCUAAAUUUAAAAU